GUUUUUAUUUAUUUUUAUUUUUAUAUAUAAAAGAAAAGGAACACUACAGAACAAAACCUCAUCAUCAUGCACCUGAGGCUCUUUGUUCGAAUCCGGCCUCCCUCAAUUUCUUAUCGUUCUGAAUAGAACAACAAAUUUUUUUGGUACCUGACAUUUUUCUUUGUUUUAUACAAUAUAAUUCAGGACCGUGUUUUCACUUCAAUCCUUAUAUCAAGACUGUGUGGUACGGGAAAGUUAGCUUCUAGUUUACAUAGCUGCACUAAAGUUUCUUUGUUAAAAAAGAGAGAGAAAGAAAGCAGAGAGAUGGGCAAGCAGGAAGGUGGUGGAGAAGAAAGUCUUCCUCCAUUGUUUGAGAGCAGAAGAGCAAGAUUUAUAGGUUUGUAUAGGGUUUUUGCAUCCACAAUAUUGGUGGGUGUGUGUUUGAUAUGGGUGUAUAGAGUUACAAACAUCCCAAGAGCUGGAGAGGCAGGGAGGUGGGCUUGGAUUGGUAUGCUCAUGUCUGAGUUCUUGUUUGGGCUGUACUGGAUCAUUACUCAGUCUCCUAGAUGGAAUGUUACUUAUCUUCAACCUUUCAAGGACAGGCUCUCUCACAGACCCCAAAAUGGAGCCACCAACUUUGGUGAUUAACACUGUCUUAUCAGUGCUGUCCUACAAUUAUCCAACUGAGAAGCUGAGUGUUUAUCUUUCCGACGAUGGCAGUUCAGAAUUCACUUUCUAUGCUCUCUUGGAGGCCUCUCGUUUCGCUAAGUAUUGGAUACCCUUCUGCAAAAAGUUCAGUGUUGAGCCAAGGUCACCAGAGGCCUACUUUGCCCUGCACUCUGAUGUGCAUGACAUCAAGUAUGGUCAGGAAUGGCUGGAAAUCAAGAAACUUCAUGAAGAAAUGAAGAAUCGGAUCGAAUCUGCUGUUGCAACGGCAGAGAUUCCAGUAGAAAUAAAGAAGCAACACAAGGGGUUCUCAGAAUGGAACCUUAAAGUUGCAAAGAAUGAUCAUCAGUCGAUUGUACAGAUUAUAACUGAUGGAAGAGACAUAAAUUCCGUGGAUAAUGAUGGAUGCCGGUUACCUACGAUGGUGUACAUGUCACGAGAAAAGAGACCUCAGCAGCCACACAACUUCAAAGCUGGAGCUCUGAAUGCACUGCUGAGAGUGUCAUCAGAGAUAAGCAAUGCACCCUUCAUCCUCCUCUUGGACUGUGACAUGUAUGCAAACAAUGCAGACUCAAUACGAGAGGCAUUAUGUUUCUUCUUGGAUGAAAAGUAUGGCCCUGAGAUCGCUUACGUGCAACAUCCACAGGGCUAUAACAAUCUCACCAAGGAUGAUAUCUAUGGAAAUGAAUGUUUCGUUGUUAACGCGGUUGAACUUGCUGGAUUAGGUGGAUAUGGCACGGCCUUGUUUUGUGGCACUGGAUGCUUCCAUCGAAGAGAAUGCCUUUUUGGAAGGAAGUAUUCCAAAGAUUAUAGAGGACAUUGGAACGUAGAGAGCCAAAAGACUAUUGACAGAAGUAUCAAAGAACUGGAGGAAUCUGCAAAAGCUCUUAUCAGUUGUAGCUAUGAGAAGGGUACUCAAUGGGGCAAAGAGAUGGGAUUGAUAUAUGGGUGUCCUGUUGAAGAUAUUGCUACUGGCUUGGCAAUUCAAUGCAGGGGAUGGAAAUCGAUCUAUUAUAACCCAGAGAGAAAAGACUUUCUGGGUGUUGCUCCAAAUACCUUAGAUAUAGCACUUAUUCAACAUAAGAGGUGGUCUGAGGGCUUGUUUCAGAUAUUUUUCUCCAAAUAUUGCCCUUUCAUUUAUGGGCAUGGGAAGAUACACUUGGGUGCCCAGAUGGCAUAUUGUAUCUACCUUCUGUGGGCUCCAGUUUCCUUCCCAACUUUGUAUUAUGUGACUGUUCCUCCUCUUUGCUUGCUCCAUGGCAUUCCCUUGUUCCCUAAGGUGUCAAGCCUGUGGUUCCUAGCAUUUGCUUAUGUAUUUAUAGCCAAGAAUGUUUACAGCAUAGUUGAAGCCCUGAGAAGUGGUAGCACACUCAAAGCAUGGUGGUACUUACAACGAAUGUGGCUGAUCCGAAGGAUCACUUCCUACUUCUUCGCCUUCUUCGAUACCAUAAAGAGGCAACUGGGGCUAUCUGAGACAGAGUUUGCCCUCACUGAUAAGGUGAUCACAGAUGAUGUUUCAAAGCGGUAUGAGCAAGAGAUUAUGGAAUUCGGAACCGCAAGCAUUAUGUAUACCGUGUUAGCAACAUCGGCAUUGCUGAAUUUUCUGAGCUUAGUUUGGGGAACAAAGAGAGUUGUUAUGGACAGGCAUUACAAAGCUUUAGACCAGUUGAUCAGCCAGGUUAUUCUUUCUGGCAUAUUAGUUCUGAUCAAUUUACCGGUGUACCAAGCGCUCUUCAUCCGCAGCGAUAAAGGCCAUAUACCAUCCUCUGUCAUGUUCAAGUCAGUUUUUUUGCUUGCACUGGCCUGCCUGAUGCCUAUAUACUAGGAAAGCUAGCUGAAAGAUUGAUGAACAGUUAUCAUGAUAUAAACUAGCAUUUUUACUUGGGCACAUGCUCAUGGAAAGAGUGCUUUAUUUGCUCAUUUGUUCCAUUUUAUCUUUUUCUCGUUGGAAGUUAUAAUUAAGAUGUCGUUACAUUCAAAUUUAUUUUAUUCACAGACACUAUA